AAAGAACAUGAGUUUGAGGGAGUGCAAUGUAGAAGACAAGAAUCUAUACCUUCAAACCCCAACUUUCAUUGAGUGGCUCAAACCAUCUUCCUCUCUAACUACUUCAAUAUCAUCCUCUCCUUCUUUGACACGGCAUGAACUUGUCCAUGAAACUAUCCAGUUUUUUCCCUUCAAGGAAGACCAUGGAGUGCAAAAGGAAGGGUCUGAAGUAAAAGAAGAGAAGGUGGAACAAGUGACUGUGGCUUUGCACAUUGGAUUGCCCAACACAAGAGGUCCUGAUGAUGAUGAUGAUGAUGAGAAGAAGGUUUUCCUUGUUAAGGAAGAAGAACCCUUGAAAAGCUUUCAUGAGUGUUCUUUUAACCAGGAGAGAAGGUUUUGGAUACCAACUCCUUCCCAGAUCCUUGUUGGACCGAUGCAGUUUGCUUGCUCCAUAUGUAGCAAGACCUUCAAUAGAUAUAACAACAUGCAGAUGCAUAUGUGGGGGCAUGGCUCAGAAUUUAGGAAAGGACCAGACUCACUAAGAGGAACACAGCCAGCUGCAAUGCUAAGGCUACCAUGUUACUGUUGUGCACAGGGUUGCAAGAAUAACAUAAAUCAUCCAAGAGCAAAGCCCUUGAAGGACUUCAGAACACUCCAAACCCACUACAAAAGAAAACAUGGGGCAAAACCAUUUAUGUGUAGAAAAUGUGCAAAAACCUUUGCAGUUAAAGGGGAUUGGAGGACUCAUGAAAAGAACUGUGGCAAGUUAUGGUAUUGCACUUGUGGUUCAGAUUUUAAGCACAAAAGAUCCCUCAAAGAUCAUAUUAGAUCCUUUGGAAAAGGUCACUCCCCGCAUCCUUCUCUUGAAGGCAUGGUUGAGGAUGAGAAGGAAUGCAUUACUGGGUCUGAUGAAGAUGAAGUUGCUCAUACAUGA